AUGGCUCCAAUGCGGCUAGGAAUCAUCAUCCUGUCUGCUAACCUCGGCAGCUGGGCCGCCGCAGCCUACCUGCCCUACCUCCUCUCCCGUCACGGCAAGGCUCACUACAAGAUUGUCGCCCUUUGCAACUCGAGCGUAGAGUCAGCACAUUCGACGAUCAAGACAUUUGGCCUGCCCUCGGACACUCGAGCAUACGGCGAUCCCAGCGACCUUGCUCAGGAUGCCAAUAUUGACUUGGUAGUAUGCAGCACUCGUGUUGACCGCCAUUACGAGACUAUCAAGCCCAGCAUCUCUGCCGGCAAGGCGGUAUUUGUAGAGUGGCCACUCGCUUCAAAUAUCUCUCAGGUACGGGGGCUUGCCAGCUUGGCCAGGAUGCAGAAUAUUAAAUGCGUGGUCGGACUGCAGGGUCCUGUCACUGCCCCUAUUAACGGGGUGCGGAAAUUGUUAGAAGACGGCCUCAUCGGCAAGGUCCUCAGCUCGGACAUGAAGUCAUGGGGAGGCACGGGCAACCACAACGCCGUUCCAGAGUCUUUGAGGUACUUUACUCAGAUAGCCGUGGGAGGCAAUGCGAUCACCAUCGGAUUCGGCCACUUGUGGGAGUUCCUGCAAUAUGCGCUCGGGGACACCUAUGAUAUCCGCAGUAAGCUACAGCUACAGCGGCCCAAAGUUGGACUUACUUCGAAGACGGGUGUCAUGGUUGGGACUGUCGAGUCUGAUGUACCAGAUCUUGUCUCCGUAAGCGCCCUACUAAGACCUUCCCAAUACAUUGAGAAUGGCGCAACAGUUUUCAUCACUUUCCACCGAGGCCCGCCAUUUCCUGGCGAACCUAAUCUCACAUGGACUAUUUCAGGGGAAAAAGGUGAGCUCAAGUUUACUGCCGAAGGAGGAACAACCCCUCGAACUAUGGCUUCCGGGGCUAUCAAGAUCGAGCUGCAUGACUUCUCCACUGGCAUGGUUCGAGACAUUCCCUGGGCCUGGGAACCCUGGCGCCAGGAACUCCCGAUCGCGGCUCGGGGCGUUGCCGGGGUGUAUGAAGCGUACGCCCGGGGUGACCAAACGGCAUAUUGCGACUUCGAACAUGGUUUAAAGCGUCAUGAGCAAUUAGAGAAUAUACUAUCUAGGCGCGAUUACUAA